UUAAAUUUUAUAGUCAAUGAAUAAUAUGACGAAAGACUAUGAUUACUUGCUUAAAGUAUUAUUAGUAGGAGAUAGUGAUGUUGGAAAACAUGAAAUUUUAUCGGGAUUGGAAGAUGCAUCAUCAGAGAGUCCGUUUUGCAGUGGAAAUGCAUACAAAACAACAACAAUUCUUCUGGAAGGCAAAAGAGUAAAGCUUCAGUUGUGGGAUACAUCUGGCCAGGGACGAUUUUGUACUAUAAUUCGUUCUUACUCCAGGGGCGCACAAGGAAUAAUAUUAGUUUACGACAUAACUAACAAGUGGAGUUUCGAUGGUAUUGAUAGAUGGCUAAAGGAAGUAGAAGAGCAUGCCCCUGGUAUUCCAAAAGUUCUAGUAGGAAAUAGACUUCAUUUGGCAUUCAAAAGGCAGGUUGCAGCGAAACAAGCAGAACUUUAUGCAUCUCGAAACAAUAUGUCUUGCUUUGAAAUAUCUCCUCUUUGCGAUUUUAAUAUAAGAGAAUCAUUUUGUGAAUUGGCACGAAUGGCUUUACAUAGAAACGGAAUGGAGAGGAUAUGGAGGAAUAAUAAAGAAAGUGGACAGGUUUUGGUUACAAAGGGUGUGGCUAAGGAGCAAUAUUCAACAUUCUCCAUUACGAACAGUGUUGUCUUUACAAGAGUUAUGUUGCCGUACAAUUGUCAGACGUACCAGCGUAUAUGCAAUAGAUUCCUUACCUCUGCCUCCAUCUGUUAAAUCAACACUAAAAUCAUAUGCUCUGACUACUUCCCAGUGUUUUAAUACGUUAAGUAAUAAUUCGAAAAGUAAAAAUCGAUGUAAAACACCAACUAGUAGUGGACGAAACAGCUGUUGCAUUACGUGAUUGUUUCAUACGUUUAAAUUACAUGCAUUACAUCAAUAAUAUAUUUACAAAGUAUUUAUUUUAAUUACAUAUUUAUAGCAUUACACACUAACUUAGUAUCUAAAGUUGUUAAUUUCAUAUUUCUGUUUACAUGAAUUUUUAUUAUUUUUUUAUUGAUAAAUUAAAGAAAUACAAGCAAAA